ACAGCAGCUCAACCCCCAAAUCUAACGGCACGAAACAAUCUCAACACACAAAAAGCAAAGUUAGAGAGAGAGACAGAGGAGAGAGAGAGAAGACAAGAACAACAAAAGAAGAAGAAGAAGAAGCAGCGAAACAAAGAUCAAAUUUUUAUCAUAAAAUUUUCUUUAUCACCAUAAUCAACACCCGUAUCUAUCUGUCUAUCAUAUUGCUCAUCAAAUUGGCUAAAAAAAUCGGCUAAUAUAUACUUCUUUUUUUUUUUUUUCAAUUAAACUAUUUUGAAGAGGUUGUUCUAAUUUGCACAGGGGCAAAGGUGGGGAGGGGGAUUUGACGGUGUUGUUUGAGGAUUAGAGUUUUUGUUUUUAUUUAUUUAUUUAUUUUUUGUUGCGGUGGUGUGAUGGGGUUGGGGAAUAGUGAAAAUGACGUGGUUGUUGAUGAUGGAGAUGGUGGAGGUGGUGGCGCUGGCUGUGGUGGAGGAGGAUGCGGUAAGUCGUUUGGGUCGGUUUCGUGUUCGAUUUGCCUCGAGGUAGUCAUCGAUAACGGGGAUCGAUCUUGGGCCAAGCUCCAAUGUGGACAUCAAUUUCAUUUGGAUUGCAUUGGUUCAGCAUUUAACAUAAAAGGUGCUAUGCAAUGCCCUAAUUGUCGGAAAAUUGAGAAAGGCCAAUGGCUCUAUGCAAAUGGUUGCCGUUCACUGCCAGAAUUCAGCAUGGAUGACUGGGCACAUGAUGAAGACCUUUAUGAUCUAAGCUACUCUGAAAUGUCCUUUGGAGUUCAUUGGUGUCCAUUUGGCAGUUUGGCACGACUUCCAUUGUCCUUUGAGGAAGGAGAAUUUUCAUCAAAUGCAUAUCAUGAGCUACUUGGACAACAUCCUAUCUUUGCAGAGCACACAGCAGCUGUAUCAUCAGCUACUCAUCCAUGUCCAUAUAUUGCUUAUUUUGGACCAAUUCAUCCAUCAUCUUCCAACUCCAGUGGAAGUGUUUCAGACAGUUCAAACUUUAAUAAUCAUUGGAAUGGUCCGUCAGUACCUAGUGAGAUUCCUAGUUCCUAUGCAUUUCCUGCCAUGGAUCUCCAUUAUCAUGGUUGGGAGCACCAUUCCCCUCCCUUCUCUACAGCCAGCAGUCGCAUUGGAAAUCCUGAUCAGUCUUCAAUUCCACCGGUACAAAGGCCGGCUAGAACCAGUUCUGAUCUUCCAAGAUCAGGAUCAUUCAUGCAUCCUUUUAUUGUUGGCCACAGUUCCAGUGCUAGAGCUGGAAGCUCAGUUGCUUCCUCAGUGAUUCCACCUUAUCAAGGCAGUAAUGCCCGGGCUCGUGAUAGAGUUCAAGCUCUUCAGGCAUACUAUCAACAACUACCUGCAAAUUCUGCAGCAAUUCGGGCACCCAUUAUGUCUGGAGCCCGAAGAUCCAGCGGUCACAGAGGUUUGUCUCAAGUAGGAGCAGUGGCCUCUUCAUCAGACCAGACUGGGUUCUAUUUCAUUCCCCCGGGUACGUCAGGUCGGAGCUACCAAGAAGCAGAAAGUCCCCCAACCCGAUUUCGGGCAUGGGAAAGAGAUCACUUGACUUCAUACUCACUAAGUCAGGUUGACAGAGAAUCAAAUUGGGGUGCAUUUCAUCAGGCUGCCGGUGGGUCAGAUGCUGGCAUCAGAUUGAGCGGCUUUCGCCAAAGGCAUGGAUCUGAGAGAAUGUCAUCACAAAAUCGGUCAUAGCUAUCCUUUUGGGUGAAGCGAACUAUCAGUAUUGAAGUUAUGUAUGCUUGAAAAACGAUAUAUAAUGCUUGGAGUCUGUUAAUGAUGACAGACUCGAAAAACUGUGGAGUGGCCAUGAAAAACGAUCUGUUUUAGCAGCCAUCUGGCUGUGAUAACUUUGGCGUCCUCUAGUUUCUUUGCCUUUGAGGAUAUAAAAAUAAGAUACAUGUUGGAUAGCGUUA